AUGCUUGCCAGCGCAUCCCGGCGCACCUCUUACGGUGUCGUCAGCUUUCUGCUGUUGCUUUUCUUCACAGCGCUGGUCAUUCAGUACAGGCUGCGGGCCAUUACUCGCUAUCUUCACGGCCCCGCUGCCGGCGAGGAUGAUGAUCUUGUCAUCGUCGUCGACGGCUUCGACGUCCUCGCCCAGAUCCCCGCCGAGACCCUGAUCCAGCGUUACUUUGACGUCGCCGCCGCCGCCGAUCAGAGACUAGCCGAUCAGCGUGGCCUCACCGUCGAGGAAGUGCACUCCAAGGGCCUGCGCCAGACGGUCCUCUGGGGCACCGACAAGGGGUGCUUCCCCAGCAGCGGCAACGGCGACGAGAAGCAACGCGACCCGCGCUGCUGGCUCGUCCCCUUUUCCACCCUGCCCCGCUACGUCUGGGGCCCUGAGACGGGCACCGGCGGUCUGCCGUUCAGCGACUCGCGCUUCGUCAACUCAGGCACCGUCAUCGGGCCGCUGGGCGACCUGCGGACCCUGAUCGACGCGACGCUGGCGCUCAUCGAGGACACGUUCGACCCGGAGUACAAGUACCACAACUCGGACCAGUACUACGUCUCGACGCUCUACGCGCGGCAGGAGUACCAGCGCACCCUCGACCUCAAUGACGGCGUCUUCCCCGGAGGGCGCGACGACUACACGUUUCCUGAGCCGCGGCGCGACGGCCACGACGUGACCGAGUACCACGCCUUCCUCGACACAGACUACGCCAUCACGCAGACGCAGUGCCACAACGAAAAGUUCAUGCGCCGCCUCCGCUUCGCCAACCACGAUCGCACCGCCACGGUCGAGAAGGCCGCCGGCGUCCUCGAUGCCGGCUACACCAUCCAGAUGCCGGCGCCACUCUACCGUGGCCUGCGCCGCCUCUUCGACGCCCUCCUCGAUGACGAGCGGCCCGUCGACUCGGCACGCGCCUGGAUCGCCGGCCUCCGCCUCGGGCACGAACACGGCCACGCGCCACAUUUACGCCUUUUUACCACAACACUUGCAGCAAGAAGGCCUUUGUCGACAAGUACUACGACUCGUGGUUCUUCCCCGUCCUGCGGCCCCUGCUACGCGCCGCUGUCCGCGCCAUCCAGGCUGACGAGCCGAUACACCCGCGGCCCAUUGAUGGGCGGAUCUGGGUUGUCGCGCACCGAAGCUGUGCAGUGGCGAGGCGGCGCCGAAAGCAAGCCCGAGGAGAAGCCACAAGUCACGCCAGAGCAGAAGCCAGAGACGAAGCAGGAAGACAAACCGGGGGAGAAGCCAGAGGGCAAGCCAGAGGGCAAGCCAGAGGGCAAGCCAGAGGGCAAGCCAGAGGAUGCUGCUCCAGGGAAACCAGAUGAUAAGCAGGAAAAUCCCAAAGAAAUGCCAGAAGGCAAGCCGGAAGAAAGGCCGACAGAGAAGCCUCAGGAGAAGCCAGAGGACAAGCCUCAGGAGAAGCCAGGGGACAAGCCUCAGGAGAAGCCUCAGGAGAAGCCAGAGGAAAAGCCUAAAGAUGGUCGUGCGGAAGCGGUGUGA